GGUCGCCUCCGGGCAUUCCUCGCCGCUCCCGCUCCGGCCCUGGCGACUGCGACCUGAGAGUAGCGACUCCGGUUCGGGCAUCAUGUCUGACAAGCGGCCAUCAGCGGAAGCCCAAGCCCGGCGGCUCCCCGACUCCUUCAUGGAUAGCCCCAGUGCAGGCCUGGGACCUUGUGGAUGGAUUUUGGUGGCUGUAUCAUUCCUGUUCACAGUUUUAACUUUCCCGUUGUCAGUAUGGAUGUGCAUAAAGAUCAUAAAAGAAUAUGAAAGAGCCAUCAUCUUUAGACUGGGUCGCAUCUUACAAGGAGGCGCCAAAGGACCUGGUUUGUUUUUUAUUCUGCCGUGCACUGACAGCUUCAUCAAAGUGGACAUGAGAACUAUUUCGUUUGAUAUUCCUCCUCAGGAGAUCCUCACUAAGGAUUCAGUGACAAUUAGUGUGGAUGGCGUGGUCUACUACCGCGUUCAGAAUGCUACCCUGGCUGUGGCGAACAUCACCAACGCUGACUCAGCAACCCGUCUUUUGGCACAAACGACUCUGAGGAACGUCCUGGGCACCAAGAACCUUUCCCAGAUCCUCUCCGACAGGGAAGAAAUUGCACACAACAUGCAGACUACUCUGGAUGAUGCCACUGAUGACUGGGGAAUAAAGGUGGAACGUGUGGAAAUUAAGGAUGUGAAGCUCCCUGUGCAGCUCCAGAGAGCCAUGGCUGCUGAAGCAGAGGCAUCCCGGGAGGCCCGAGCCAAGGUCAUUGCAGCUGAGGGAGAAAUGAAUGCAUCCAGGGCUCUGAAAGAAGCCUCCAUGGUCAUCACCGAAUCUCCUGCCGCCCUUCAGCUCCGGUACCUUCAGACACUGACCACCAUCGCUGCUGAGAAAAACUCGACAAUCGUCUUCCCUCUGCCCAUAGAUAUGCUGCAGGGCAUCAUGGGGGCAAAACAGUGAGCCAUGUAGGCCGAUGCAGAGAUGAGCUCUUCCCUCCUAAGGAUGAAGUGGGGACCAAACCAGCCUCUAACCCAUAAGGAGGGCAUAGGGCGGGAACCUUGACUUUCCUCCCUCCCUUCCUUUUUCCGUAUGUUGAGUGUGAUGUUCUUAGAACGUGUAGUGCUCCUAGCCACAGACGAAGGUUGUUAGCUUGUAAAUACUACGUGAGAGUGAUGAUUUAUGUAAGAUAAUCUCUCACUCUAAAAUACUUAAAAGUUCGGGUUUUUUUUUUGUUUUUUUUUUUUGCAGUACGUGGGCCUCUCACUGUUGUGGCCUCUCCCGUUGCGGAGCACAGGCUCCGGAGCACAGCCUCCGGACGCGCAGGCUCAGCGGCCAUGGCUCACGGGCCCAGCCGCUCUGCGGCAUGUGGGAUCUUCCCGGACCGGGGCACGAACCCGUGUCCCCUGCAUCGGCAGGCGGACUCUCAACCACUGCACCACCAGGGAAGCCCAAAAGUUCGUAUUUUUAGAUUGUCAUGCGAUAGGUUAAAUCCAUCUUCUUUCGAAUCUCACUGAGUCGUCCUGUGCCCUCUAUCAGCAGCCAGGCCAAAAGCAGGAAGGCAGACUGUCAUCCCAACCUGACACCCUGGCUGGACAAAUGUUUUGCAGAGAACAGUGACCUCGGGCUACAACCAGCUUCUCUGGGCCACAUGUGCCUUACUUCCGGGGAAUCUCAGCUAAGGAAAUUUUCCAAACAUCAGUUUACUUUCUAAACUCAAACUGCCCCACACACACCCCCGAUGCUGCAAAAUAAUCCUUACUUGAGGGUAGACAUGCCCUUGCCAGUACCUGUUAGCACUGGAGAAAAAGGUGAGGAUCAAGGAAAAUGAUCACCCUAACUCUUGAAAGACUUCUAAAUCCAUUGCUAUAGAGGUCCUUCUAAAAUAAUGUGGGUGUUUUUUUUUUUUUUUUAACUUCUUUGAGCCCCUUUAUGAGUAAAUGAUUCUUCUGUGGUCUUUCAAACCAGCUAAAUACUUGUCACAAACGUGCUUUUUUUCUCACUUUUGCCUAUUUUCAUAUAUCAGGUUCUAAAUAGUUGUGAUUUUUUUAAAUAAAAUUUUCUCUAAGUUCUAUAAACCAUUGUUUAUAUACCCAUUUGAAUAGCUUAAGGGACUAAUACUUAAAAAAAUAUAUCUUCAGAAAACCAUUAUAUUUUACUGUCUGCAUGCUAUCGACUCGUGUACACUGUGAGCUAUCUUGGUUACCAUUCAUUAAGUAGUGGAAGGAAUUCAUAGUCUCUCGGGCACACAAUAUCCAAGGAGCUUGGGAAGAUGCUCUCAAACUUAGCAUAUCUAUAUAGGUAUAGAUCCUUUUUAUUUCCCUGGUGAUUUUUUCUUUUCUGUCGUAUAUGGUGAUGCUGAAGGAGGAAGUGGUCAGCCCUUCUGAGCCACCACUGCUGUAAUAUUAAGAAGCAUCUUCCGUUUCAUAAACGCCUGUGAAGCCAAAUAACCUGGCAUUCUUCUGUUGGUCUGGAAAGCCGCCUGGUGACAUUUGUACCACUUCCUCUUUGAAGCUCUGAGUUCACCUGGAAAAGUCUAAGAAUAGCAGCUUCCUUACCCAAAGCUGCCCUUCAUAUCUGUCCUUAGGUGGGUCCCUCUGUCAAGUCCCAGCCUACGAGAGUCCCCUCCCCGACAGCCCACUUCUAAGGUUAUUUUACAAAACCUUGAACCACGGUGCAUCCAGGUGCCUGGCUGAGUUCCUUAGAUACACAAUAUACAGAGCACUUUGGCUUGGAACUCAAGCUGCGUUUAUAUUUUGAAUUUUUAAAUAACGAUUUUGUCUCUUUUGUGAGGUGGCUCACCCUCGACCACUGAGGACCAGGAGACAACCACAUAUCCUGGCUGAAAAUCUCUCGUCGGACUUAGAGGUUCAGUGCUUUCUGUUCCUUGAGUCUAUCUCCAGAUACCAAACAACCUUCGCUCUUCUGCCUUGUGGAUUCAUAGUCCAAAAGGUUGGAAUUAAAUUGCCUGGGAGGGAGGAGGCAUAGAAGGAGCUCUAGGAUGACAGUGUUAGUACAAGAGUUUUUUCCAGGUGGCCUCCCUUUCCAAUGCUGUAUAUAAUAAAGUGUGCACUUUUACUAA